UAUUUUAGAGAGCAUGAGUGGGUGGGGGAGAGGGAGAGAGAAUCUCGGCAGACAGCUCACUGAGCGCAGAACCUGACGCAGGGCCCCAUCUCAUGACCCUGAGAUCACAACCUGAGCUGACACCAAGAGUGGGAUGCUUAACUGAUUGUGCCACCCAGGCGCCCCUAACCUUCUCUUUUAAGUAAUCUCUACGCCCACCGUGGGGCUUGAACUCAAUGACCCUGAGAUCAAGAGUCACCUGCUCUACGGACUGAGCCAGCCAGGCGCCCCUCAUUUUUCAUUAUGUAAAGUUUGUUAUUUUAUUGAGAUAAUUGUAGAUUCACACGCAUCCCUUUUGUUUUUUUAAUCUCUGGCUCUUGGCACGGGGCCAGGUUUUCCAAGUUUGUUGAAUCGGGAACAGUUUCUGGGCUGGAUUUGCAAUGAAUUUUUCCCAUGAAAACCACAUUAUAGUUGUGCUACCACUUGGUCGUACUCUGAGUCGAUCACCUGGGUUGUAGGGACUUCCGCCUAAGCUGUAAACACCAUGUGUGUCACUGCAAGCAAAAUUCCUCCCAAGUUCUCAGGUGGAACCACUCAUCUGUAGAUUGUGUGUGGGAUAACCUGGAAGUAACACCAGGCCUAGAAAGGAAACAACUGAUGGACGGAAGCAGCUCGUGGAACAUGAGGACGUGGGUGGUGGUGAGGAUGUGCGGUGUGGCACCCACUAAGAGGACAGGCGCUGUGGGGGGAAGGGAUCAAGUACGGAUAACCUGGAGAUGGUUUGUAACUGAAAGUUACGGCCUCUUACAAAGGUCACAGGUAACAGGAGUGUCUGCCUGCUAAUGCUAAAUCUUCUACACACGGUACUGGAUUGUUCACAACAAUCAGUAGGUUCUGUUAUCCCACUUGACAGUUGAUAAAACAGGUUAGACACCUGAACUAGAAUGCCUAAAGUCACACAGCUCAUGAGUGGUAGAGCUUUUGUUUUGUUUUUAAACUGUCCAUCUGGCUCCAAAGCCAUCAUUAGCUCUUUUUGCCUGACACUAGGUGGCUGGGGAGUGAGUGGGACCCACUUUUAUCUGUGGCCAUGUGGGUCUCACUACUGUUUUCCUUGGCCCCUGCCUCCACCCGAGGUUGGGAGCAGAUGGGCCCCAGAUAGCUUGAAUUCAGUUUCACUGUAUUGCACAGGCCCCAGGGCCUUCCCCUGUUGUCUCCUGCUUCCAAGGUUGCCAAUGGCUGUCCAGACUAAUAACACCUCAGCAAGGAGAUCUGACAGCAGCCCAGAUCUUGCUAAGCUGACCUCAGACUCAGGACCUUGGAGGAGCCCCCACCCCUUCCCUUUAUGCAGAGGUGGGCCGACACUCCAGUGUUCAAGCACAGUACUAAAAACUACUCCGAAUGUCAUUCUGAAUAUAACUGGAAGAGACUCAGCAGGGUCAUAGUCUCCUUAGGUGGUGUUGCCAUGACAACCCAGCCACAUCCAUCUGGCUUUCCCAGCUCUGGCCUGGGAGGAUCUUCUUUUCUAGAGGCAGCAGCAUCUAGCCCUGAGAGGGAAGAAGGGCGAGUAUGUGUACAUUCACGCUCCCCCGCGGAAUACUCCUUUCUAUAAUGAAUAGCCCAUUGCAAACUACCUCAUCUUGGAUGAACAUAAAGGAAUGAAUUCACUGUCUGCCUCUUGUUGUGUGAAAGAAGGUUCAACCACAACUCUGCCAAGGGCUUUCACGGACAUUAUCUCAUUUAAUCUACAGAAUCCCGUGAGCAAGUGUUCAUUGAGGGCGUAUUAUGUGCUGACACUGUGCCCGACGCUGGGGAUGCAAAGCUCCGUCGGGGCCAUGUCCGAGCGAGAGGAGCGGCGGUUCGUGGAGAUCCCUCGGGAGUCGGUCCGGCUCAUGGCAGAGAGCACGGGCCUGGAGCUGAGCGAUGAGGUGGCGGCCCUGCUCGCGGAGGAUGUGUGCUACCGGCUCAGAGAGGCCACCCAGAAUAGCUCUCAAUUCAUGAAACACACCAAACGGCGGAAGCUGACCGUCGAGGAUUUCAACAGGGCUCUCCGAUGGAGCAGCGUGGAGGCCGUGUGUGGUUAUGGAUCCCAGGAGGCGCUGCCCCUACGCCCUGCCAGAGAGGGUGAGCUUUACUUCCCUGAGGACCGAGAGGUGAACCUGGUGGAGCUGGCCCUGGCCACCAACAUCCCUAAAGGCUGUGCCGAGACAGCUGUGAGAGUUCAUGUCUCCUACCUAGAUGGCAAAGGGAACCUGGCCCCACAAGGAUCAGUGCCCAGCGCUGUGUCUUCGCUGACUGAUGACCUUCUCAAGUACUACCAGCAAGUGACCCGGGCUGUGCUGGGGGACGACCCACAGCUGAUGAAGAUUGCUCUCCAGGACCUGCAGACUAACUCCAAGAUCGCAGCACUGCUACCUUACUUUGUCUAUGUGGUCAGUGGGGUGAAGUCUGUCAGCCACGACCUGGAGCAGCUCCAUCGGCUCUUGCAAGUGGCCCGGAGCCUCGUUCGGAACCCACACCUGUGCCUGGGGCCCUACGUCCGCUCCCUGGUCGGCAGCGUCCUCUACUGCGUCCUGGAGCCACUGGCUGCCUCCAUCAACCCUCUGAAUGACCACUGGACCCUCCGGGAUGGCGCUGCCCUCCUGCUCAGCCACAUCUUCUGGACCCACGGGGACCUUGUGAGCGGCCUGUAUCAGCAGAUCCUGCUCUCCCUGCAGAAGGUCUUGGCAGACCCUGUGCGGCCUCUCUGCUCUCACUACGGGGCUGUGGUGGGGCUGCACGCCCUUGGCUGGAAGGCAGUGGAACGUGUCCUGUACCCACACCUGUCCACUUACUGGACAAAUCUGCAGGCUGUGCUAGAUGAUUAUUCCGUCUCUAACGCCCAGGUUAAAGCAGAUGGGCACAAGGUUUAUGGAGCCAUUCUGGUGGCCGUAGAGCGACUGCUGAAGAUGAAGGCGCAGGCGGCAGAGCCCAACAAGGGGGGCCCAAGCGGCAGGGGGUGCCGGCGCUCGGACGACCUGCCCUGGGACAGCCUUCUUCUGCAGGAGUCUCCGUCCGGGGGCAGCGCGGAGCCAGGCUUUGGGUCUGUCCUCCCGCUGCCGCCAGGAGGCGCGGGGCCGGAGGACCCGUCCCCGUCGCUGACCCUGGCGGACAUCUACCGGGAGCUGUACGCCUUCUUCGGGGACAGCCUGGCCACCCGCUUUGGCACGGGUCAGCCCGCGCCCACCACUCCGCGGCCGCCCGGGGACAAGAAGGAGCCGGCGGCCGCCCCGGACUCGGUGCGGAAGAUGCCGCAGCUGACGGCCAACGCCAUGGUCAGCCCCCAGGGCGACGAGAGCCCCCGCGGCGGCGGCCCCGCGGCGGCCUCUGCGCCCGCCGCCUCCGAGAGCCGGCCGCUGCCGCGCGUGCACCGGGCGCGGGGGGCGCCCCGGCAGCAGGGGCCCGGCGCCGGCGCCCGCGACGUCUUCCAGAAGAGCCGCUUCGCCCCGCGCGGCGCCCCCCACUUCCGCUUUAUUAUCGCCGGGCGGCAGGCCGGGAGGCGGUGCCGCGGGCGCCUCUUCCAGACCGCCUUCCCCGCGCCGUACGGGCCCAGCCCGGCCUCCCGCUACGUGCAGAAGCUGCCCAUGAUCGGCCGCACCGGCCGGCCGGCCCGCCGCUGGGCGCUCUCGGACUACUCGCUGUACCUGCCGCUCUGAACGGCGCUUUCCUGGGCCCUCUCCCCUCCGC